AUGAUUCUGGAAAAUUUGGUUUCACUUUCUGAAUUUGUUCGAUUUGGUGCGGUUUGCAAACCAUGGCAGUCUGUGGCAAUGGAGAACAAACUUAAAUUUGUUCAAAAUAAGUUUUCCACACAAGUUCCAUUCUUGAUAGUGCCUUUGAAAGAUAAUAAUGUCACCGAACGACGCAAUCUAUACAGCAUUACUCAUAAUAAGCUAUAUGAUUUUCAAUUACGGGUACCUUACAAAGAGAGGCUUUGUGGUUCCUCACAUGGUUGGCUGAUUGGUAUAGAAAAAUCCUCGAGCGUAACUCUAAUGAAUCCGUUCUCUGGCUCUACAAUAGAGCUUCCUCCAAUUGAUAGUGUGGUCUCAACAAGCAUAAAUCUGAUUUCCUUUGAAGUUACAAAAGUUAUAUUGUCAGCUGAUCCUACUUCAUCUCCUAAUGACUAUAUUGUCGCCACCAUCUAUGGCAUUAGUUCUACCCUGGCAUUUAUUCGGGCAGGAGAUGAAGCUUGGACUUGCAUAGAGAAAGAGAGAUUUAGAAUGGCUAGUGCUCUGCAAGUGGAGGAAAAGGAAAUUUCACCGCAAAUUAUUGAUACUGAACUCAUGUAUCUUGUCGAAUCAUCUAGUGGGGAAUUACUUCUUGUACAAAGGCUUUUAGAAAUUGGAGACGAUUCACAACAUGCAACUUUAGGGUUUAAGGUUUUUAAGAUGCUCUUAGACCAAUUUGAGGAGGGUUCGCAUAUGUUGGUUGAAGUGAAGGACUUGGGUGGAGAUACCCUGUUUUUGGGAGAUAAUCAUUCCAUUUGUGUUUCAGCUUCCAAAUGGCCCGGAUGUGAACCUAAUUCAAUAUACUAUACAGAUGAUUAUAUUGACUAUAUAUGCUAUCCCCCAUCUGGGCGCCGUGACAUGGUUAUCUUCGACAUAGUGAAUGGAAGUUUUGGGAUGCAUUUCUUCCUUAAUCCUUCACAUAACGAUAUGCUACCCUCAAUUUGGAUUGUCCCAACUGUGUUGGGAAGUUCAGUAUAG